AUGGUCUCUUUCCAUCGGACUGACUUCUCACCAUAUACCUCAAAUGGCUUACACAACUCUCUCCAAUGUUCUUCAUUCCAAUGCGCUGUUUGUAUUCUUGGGUUUGAUUGCCCUUCGGCUGAUCUGGCGGCGAUUCGGGGGUGGGUUAUCAGGUAUCCCAGGCCCAGCUUUCGCAAAGUGCACACGUCUCUGGAAGCUUCGCAGUGUCUGGAAAGGAAACCACCAUCUCACGGAGAUCGCUCUCCACCGUCAAUAUGGCCCACUUGUGCGUAUUGGUCCUCGACACGUCUCUGUCAGCGACCCGGCCGCUAUCCCCGCGAUAUAUGGUCUGAACAAAGGGUUCACAAAAGUACGUCGAACCCCAGAAAGCCUGCUGCUAGACUUAGCGAGCUAACUCUGUCGCAGACGGGCUUCUACCCCAUCCAGUGCAUAUCAUGGAACAAGCAACCACAAAUGAACCUGUUCUCCACCCGUGACGAGCAGUUCCAUCGAGACCAGAAGCGCCCCGUUGCGAACGCGUACAGUAUGACCUCGCUUCUCGAAAUGGAGCCUGCAGUUGACUCCUGCACGGAAAUAUUCUUCUCGCGCCUGCGCGACUUUGCAGACCAGAAGAAACCCGUCGACCUAGGAACCUGGCUACAGUAUUACGCCUUUGAUGUUGUUGGGGAAUUCACCUUUGGGAAGAAACUUGGGUUCUUGCAGGAGGGUCGUGAUGUCGAUGGCAUGAUGGAGGGUAUUCAGGGUAUAUUGGCGUAUGCCAGUCUCUGCGGGCAGGUUCCGGAGAUGCAUAAAGCCCUGCUGGGAAACCCUCUUUUCCCGCUCUUGAUGCCAAGUAUGGAGAGCUGGAAUCAGGUGCUGCAGUUCACGUUGAAAAUGGUCAAUUCGCGAGCGUCCCUGAAGAGGGAUGGCGAACUGGAGAAGUCUGGCCUGGAGACGGGCAAGGAUAUGCUUUCACGGUGGAUGGCAAUUCACUAUGCUGAUCCGGGGAAAAUGAGCACGAGAGACGUUAUCGUUCACCUUUCGACGAAUGUCUUUGCUGGAUCUGAUACGACUGCUAUCGCGCUGAGAGCCAUCAUCUAUUUCUUGCUCCGCCAUCCACGAAUCUUGGACAAGGUUGUUGCGGAAAUCGAUGAGGCUGAUCGCCGGGGAAGUCUGACUAUCCCAAUCUCGUAUCGAGAGUCGAUCGCCCAUUUGCCCUACUUGGGAGCUGUCAUCAAAGAGGCAAUGAGACUCCAUCCUUCUGUUGGAUUGAUUCUAGAGCGCCACGUGCCAAAGGGAGGAAUCACGGUUUGCGGUAAGCAUAUCCCCGCUGGCACGACAGUCGGCAUCAACGCCUGGGUUCUACAUCACAAUCCGACAGUAUUCCCUGAUCCGGAAGCAUUUGUCCCAGAGCGCUGGCUUGAGAGUUCACCCGAAAAGUUGAAGGAGAUGGAACAGAGCUUUUUCGUGUUUGGCGCUGGGUCAAGGACUUGUGUGGGAAAGAAUAUCUCUCUUAUUGAAAUGCACAAGAUCAUCCCACAAUUGCUGCGGGAGUUUAGGAUCCAGCUGCAUCAGCCGCUCAAGCAGUGGAAGACGAAAAAUGCCUGGUUUGUGCAGCAGGAGGGGCUUGUUUGUGAGUUACUCAGAAGGUAG